GAGGGGCUCCCAGCUGCUGGAAUUCAGGCUGAGCUGACUGCAAUUUGGAACGCCUGGGGUUCUCCUCUUCAUAAAUAACUACUGACUCCAGAAUCCCCUGUAAACUUAUCGACUCUGUAAUUAUAAGGACAGGACAUAAAGAAGGCAGAGGAAUUUGUAAAGGAAUGCCCAGCCUUUAAAAGAGACUCCCAGUUCUAAACCAUGCCCAGCAGUAUCCCAUCCCUGUACCAGCCCCACCCACAUCCUCUGUGGAGGGCAUCUGGGGACCGGCUAGUCCUGUUUCCUCCUGUAUUGGCAUGAACGAGCCCAGCUCCAGCACUAGUCCAGUUGGCUCCCAGUGACGCAGUGUCUGUCCUCACGUGUUGUGCCGGUAGAUAGGGAGACUUGUCAAUGUUUUGGCAGUUCUUGCUUGCGAUCAUUGGAUCACAGUUCCUGCACUACAGUGCAAGUGCGCCCCAUAGUGUCAGUCCUGGGCUUAGUCAGGUAUGGGGUCCUGGGCUCCGGGCACAAGUUGUCCUUCCAACCCGUUACUUCUUCAUCCAAGCUGUGGACACACAGGGGAACAAUUAUACCAGCUCCCCGGCCAACAACCUUCAAGUUAAUAUUUUUGCCCCUGGAGAGCAAUAUACAAGAAUUGGAGUUCAAGUGCUUGACAGAAAAGAUGGAUCCUUAAUUGUGCGUUACAGAUUAUAUGCCAGCUACAAAUCCCUGCGAAUAGAGGUUCUGUUAAGUGGAAAACAUGUUGCAAAGUCUCCAUAUAAUUUGGAAGGUCCAGUUUACAGUGAAGAGUGUUAUUGUCCUCAGAAACAUCCUGAAGUGUGGUUAGAGCACAUGUCUUGUAAAGAGUCUAUUCCACAAAUUGAGCAUGACCUGAAGCGUUUUUCAUCUGUGGACCUCGAUAAAAUUGCGGUGGAAAUACCUGAAAGGUUUGGUGACCGCCAGAGUUUGUGUCAUUACACAAUUAAGGAUAAUAAGAUUUAUAUUAAAACAUAUGGCGAGCAUGUUGGAUUCAGAAUCUUCAUGGACUCUCUCCUUCUAUCUUUAACAAGUAAAGUGAAAAUUCCUGAUGUUGAGUUUUUUGUUAAUCUGGGGGAUUGGCCUUUAGAGAAAAGGAAAACAUCAGAGAUUCAUCCCAUCUUCUCCUGGUGUGGAUCAACGGACUCUAAGGACAUUGUAAUGCCAACAUAUGAUCUGACCGAUUCUGUUUUGGAAACCAUGGGACGAGUCAGUCUGGAUAUGUUGUCCGUUCAGGCAAACAGUGGGCCAGAGUGGGGAAAAAAGAACAACACUGCAUUCUGGAGAGGACGUGAUAGCUGCAAAGAGAGGCUUGAGCUGGUUAUAUUGGGCAGGAAACAUCCAGACAUGAUAGAUGCUGCGUUCACCCACUUCUUCUUUUUCAAACACAAUGAAAGUCUUUAUGGUCCCAUUAGACAGCCCAUAGCAUUUUUUGACUUCUUCAAGUACAAGUAUCAGAUUCUAAUUGAUGGUACAGUAGCUGCCUAUAGAAUGCCAUACCUCCUUGCAGGAGACAGUGUGAUUCUGAAGCAAGACUCUAUAUAUUACGAGCACUUCUACAAUGAGCUCCAGCCCUGGAAACAUUAUGUACCAUUUAAGAAGGAUCUCAGUGAUUUGCUUGAGAAAAUCCAGUGGGUCAAAGAUCACGAUGCAGAGGCCCAAAAAAUUGCCAAAGCGGGACAAGAGUAUGCAAGGAAUAAUCUCAUGGGAGAGCACGUGUUCUGCUAUUAUUUUAAACUAUUCCAAGCUUAUGCAAGAUUACAGAUUAAUGAGCCUAAAAUAAGAGAUGGUAUGGAACGUGUAGAGCUGUCACAUGAUCACCUCUUCCCGUGUCAAUGCCAGAGAAAUGAGGACAAGGAUGAACUCUGAACCUGAACCAUUUCUAUUCUGAUGCAGUGUCCAAUUCAAAGAUAUGGCUUUUUUUUUUGAAAGGCUAAUCUAUUGAAGUAAUAUAUCUAAUACAUUUUGUAAUGUUUUACAUAGCGUUUCUUAUAUCUGAGC